UCUCUAGAUCUAGAUUUCUAGAUAUAGAUUUAUAGAUCUAAAUCUAGACUGUAGUCCUGUUUCUAAUAAAAUCUACUGAAGUCUAAAGUACUUUUCGGUUUUAUCUGCCAUCGAUUUCUUCAUUGAUUGACAUCUCACUUCAAAAUCGGCAUCGUGUCAGGUCAUGAUCAUAAAUUUCAUGACAGCGGAGUCAAGUCAGUUAGAUGUUCUAGAUCUACGGUUCUCUCUGCUGUUGAAACAAAAACGUCUGUCUUCGUCGUCUUCUCAGAAGUUAUAGAUCUAGAUCUAGAUCUAGAAUCUAGAUGAUCACCUUUUACUUAUUAAAUUCAUCAACAAGGAGAAAUGCUGUGAUACUCUUCUCAGCAUUAUGGUUUAUAAUUACAACGACGUUUUUAGAAGUUCUUGAAAGUGCGCAGAACAAAGCCAUGCAGGAAUCAGAGUAUGAUAAACUGGUGUAUGGUGGGGUCUGGAAGCAUGUAAUUCAAAGUCCUCAAGAAGACAUACCUGAUGUUGUUCAAGCUCGCAAGGUGGCUCAGGACUUCAUACUGCAGCGAUACCCUUGGAUUUCAGUAACCGAUAAGGACAUUAAAUGCCAUACAAAAUUGGACCUUUGGUAUACAUUCUCAAAUCUGGAGCCAGUCCUGUUGGAAAAGCCUACAAGACAGGACCAAAAUUAUGAAAACUUUGUCUCAGUGCCAUUGUCCUUCGGACAUUUAUAUAAUUUUCAUGUCUUGUAUUCAAGUAAUGGGAGCAGAUUUGUACAUUUCCUAACUGUAACCAAGUCCCCUGAAUUUGAGAGGUUUUUCAUUUAUUCCCAUAUUCACCAUUGUGAAAAAGACUUGUCGUGGAAUCUGCUGAAACAGUGGGCAGUACAAGACAAUGAAAAGGUUCAUGGUUCCCCAGUCUUGUCAAGUCUUUCUAGGAGCAAAGAUUUCCAAAUUUUGGUGUCAAGUGCCAGUGACAAUGUUUUAAGUUCGUGCAAGAGUGACAAAGACAAUGAUGUCCACCAGGAGUGUGCAAAGUCAGGCCCAGUGUCACGUGUAUCUGUUGACACUGCAACUGAAAAGAGCUGUGAUCAUUCAAAGUCAUCUAAGUUGUCGUUAAAGGUGAUGACAUACAAUAUAUGGAACUACUUCACUUUCUCAGCUGAUCAAGGAGAUUAUCUUCCACGGGUUUCCCGACUGCUGAAGAUUGUCAAGGAAGCCCAGCCAGAUAUUGUGGGUUUUCAAGAGAUUCGCUUUGAAGCUCCUCGAGGAGGUCGUCAGGGACCAAGCCAGAUGGAUCACAUUGUACCGCACUUACCCGGAUAUCAGUUUGUGUACCAGCCAGCAAUGAUGCAUGAGACCUGCUUGGAGCAGGGCCGGACAGAGGAGGGUGUUGCGAUAUUCUCCAGAUUUCCUAUAAUUUUUCAUGACUAUAUACUGCUACAUCGAAAUCUGAGCAAUAACGCUGAUGGACAUCAGAGAGUCUGUUUACAUGCUGUGAUACUAGUGCCAAGUGUUGGGCCAGUCCAUGUGUUCAACACACACUGGUCCCUAACCCAUGUGGCACGGGAGCGAGCUGCUGCCCAGAUACUGGACUACAUGAAACGCUAUACAGGGCCUGCCAUACUGAUGGGGGAUCUCAAUGCUACUCCAGAAGAAAAAGCAAUAAAUGGUAUCCUGAAGGAUUCAGAGUUGCAGGAUGCUUGGGAGUUAUUGCAUUCUGGUACAGACGGUUCAACUUUCAGUUGCCUGGAGAAUGCACCCACUAAACGGAUUGAUUACAUAUUCUUCAGAAAAGAAAGUGGAUUGACUCUUGAAAGUAUAACAGUUGUUCCAGAUGCAACAAGGAAAAAAGCUGCUUCUGAUCAUCGCCCAGUUUUGGCCACUUUCACCUGUGCUCAAAGAAAUCAAUCUUCCUCCUGAGAUUUCAUUUUUCAUCUGUUGCAAGAAAGGAAGAGAGAGUGAUAUUAUUUAAUUUUGAAUGAAAUAUUAUUAUGCCUACUUAUUAUUAGCAGCUCAAAGUUUGCCCUUAUUGCUGUUAGGUUUGAUCCGCCAUUUAUUUUCUUGCAGUCGUACAAUUCAAAAUCUAGCAUGGUUUGAACUUUGCUCAGCUGAACCAAGUUCAGAAUUUAUUUUUUAAGUUUAGACUGGACUUUAAAUAGCUUGCUGAAUCGGUUUUUGUUUGCUCAUUUAAAAGCUUUACAAGGUUUGGUUUAGGUGAGAUGCGAUGCUCCGCUCAUUUUCCUUCUUUCUUUUUUUUUAAAUCAUUUGGCAUCCCUGAUAAAUACAUGGGUAGAAAACUUCUUGUAUGGAAUAAAAAUAAUGACAGCUGACACAUUAAUUUUUAGUGUUUUUGUGUCGGAAAUAUGAGCGGACACUUAUGAAUAUAUAUUUAAGAAAUCAGAACGUUAUCAGUUAUUGCAAAUGGUCAUAGAAACAAAAA